AUGAGAAAGAUAGCGAAGGUACUUGCGGUUCCGAUUUUAAUUGGAUACUUGACCCAAAAAUAUGUGGAUCCUCCGAAAGCGCCUGAGAUCAAGGAUUUACCUGAAAAUAUUCAAAAGUGGUAUUCUAUGGGAGAAAUGAUCGAGGUAUCUGGGUACGAGAUGUUUGUGAGGAAAUUUCCCUUCAAUGGAGAAAAUGACCCGGGACCAACAAUUGUCUUGAUUCAUGGCUUUCCGUCAAGCUCUUACGAUUAUCACAAAGUUGGCAUCGAUAAACUACAGAACUAUGGCCCCGUCAUUGUUUAUGACCACGUUGGCUUUGGUUUUUCUGACAAACCGAAGGAAAACUUCACGUUUUCUAUUUUCGAACUCGCCGAGUACUCCAUCAUGCUGUUCAAAAAACUCGGUCUAUCGGAUGUCAUCUGCAUUGGACAUGACAUGGGCGACACAGUUCUAGCUGAACUGGUCAAACGGCGACAUAGAGGAACACUACCGGACUUUCUCAAUAUCAAAGGAGUUGCGUUUACAAAUGGUGGCAUCAAUUUUAAAUACGCCAAAUUAAGACUUGCUCAACACUUACUUAGAAACCCCUAUUUUGGACCAGGGCUGAAUCGACUUCUGGUUAUCCUUCAGCCUCAUUUCCCCAAGCUUGCCGACAAAAGCUACAACGAAAUUUGGGGAAGCACUCAAGAUCUCGAAGAGAGACAACAAGAAAUGAUCUAA